UCACCCGAGUUCAAUUCGGUGUGCGACUCAGUCUACGAAGACUGCCUAACUCUGACCCAACACGCCUUACCAGGUGUUAAACCCUAUCAACUCGUUUCCGCCUCAGAACGUCUCCACUGCUCUCACACCACUCUCCAUUUCCUUCUAAUCACCAAGUGGGUCCCACAACCUCUGUCCCGAUCCCAAGUCGACAGAACCUUCAAGGCCAUAACCAUUCGCCGGUCCAAGAACAUGCCGCCAGCUCAAGUUCAAAAGGAAGAAGGUGAGGUUGUACUUGGACCGGUCGAGUUCAAAGAGUUUGCGAGGGAGUUGUUCACGAACGCCGUCGUUUCGAAUGCCGGGAAAGCGGUUUGGAAGAGUGUUCCGAUUGGGGUUGCUGGGAUUGCCGGGGUCGGAGCGGUGACUAAGUCCGGCAAAGAAGUGGUUGGGACGGUGAUUGGAGUCUACGCGCUGGGUGUUGCGACUUCGAUUUAUCUUAGUUUGUCUGGUUAG